GUCUCAUUUGCAUCAACAUGAAAAAUAAUCGAAACCAAAAAUUCACACCGAUAAGUCCGAAAGGCGAUGACGAAGUUGUCGAAAGUGAAAGUUCAAAUUUAAGUGGAGAUUAUCAGAAUGUUGCGUUGCUGUUGCUGUUGUACUUAUUACAGGGAGUGCCACAGGGUAUUUCGCUAGCUAUUCCAAUAUUGUUGCAGAAUCGAGGAGCGACUUACUCGGAACAGGCACAAUUUUCAAUUUCAUAUUUUCCAUUCGGAUUAAAACUUCUAUGGGCGCCGGUUAUUGACUCAAUAUUCAUUAAAUCCUUCGGUCGUCGUAAAACUUGGAUUUGCUCAUCACAAAUUGUUAUUGGAAGCUUCAUGAUCUACCUAUCGUACAAUGCUGAUAAAUGGCUCGGCGAUGGAGAUACGAUGAAACCACAAAUAGGCAUUUUAACAGCUGUCUUUUUCACAUUAUGGCUACUUACGUCAGUACAAGAUAUCGCUGUUGACGGAUGGGGAUUAACAUUACUAAAACGUAGAAACAUUGGAUAUGCAGCAACGACAAAUAGUUGUGGACAGUCGGCAGGAAAAUUUAUUGGUUUCAUUUUAUUACUGGUAUUUGAGUCGAAAGAGUUCUGCAAUAGCUACAUCUUUAGUGAGCCGAAGGACAUUGGAUUAUUUACAUUAUCAGGAUUUAUCAUGUUCUGGGCAUGUGUUUAUAUGAUUGUUACCAUUUUGCUGGCAUUGUUUAAGUAUGAAUGCCCUGAAAAUGCUGAACAAUUAAAAGAGCAUUCAGACUACGGCAUAUGUAAGGCUUAUCAGAUAUUAUAUAAGAUUAUCAAGCUUAAGCCUGUCGUGGAGCUUUACACAAUGAUAUUUUCUAUUGAGGCAUGUUUUGCAGCAUUCGAAGCCAUAACAUCCCUAAAAUUAAUCGAGUACGGAGUGCCAAAAGAGAAAUUUGCAUUAAUUUCAGUUCCAUCAGCACCGAUUCAAAUACUUUUUCCACUUUUAAUCACAAAAUAUACAGCAGGACGUAAGCCACUGUCAUUUUACUAUAAAGUCUUCAUAUGUCGACUCACAUUAAUGAUAAUUACAACAUUUUAUGUCGCAUCAACGCCGAUGAUACUCGAAAAUGUGAAUUUCCUUAAUUAUUUCUAUGCUGGAGUUGUGAUGCUGUUCAUGAUUGAUCAAGCAGCCAUUCGUGCAACAUACACAUCAGAUGGAUCAUUCUUCUCCAAAAUUGCUGAUCCUCUUGUUGGUGGGUCAUAUAUGACUCUAUUAAAUACAUUUGGAAAUCUCGGUAAAAGAACCUUUGUAACACUGUCACUAUGGCUAAUGGACAGGAUAACAUGGCGAAAAUGUUACAUCAAAAACAUCAGCAACGAUGAAACUCUAAGCUUUACUCAUCUAGCUAAUAACACAUGCUUAGACAGCUUCCAAAAAAUAACAUGUAAAGAAAUUGGUGGAACUUGCAAGACUGAAGUCGAUGGAUAUUAUGUAGAAAUAGGAUUUAGUGUUGUUUAUGGUUUAAUUUGGUUUAUAGUAUUUAGAUCUGUGAUAUAUAGACUUCAAAGAUAUUCUAGAGAGGAUUGGUAUGUUCUUACAAAUAAUAAGUCCAGUAGAAAUGUUGAAAUGACAUGAAAAUGAAAUUUUAGUUCAUUUUACUUUGACUAGAU